GGUUUGUUUGUUUGUUUGUUUGUUUUUAACGUAAUAUACCAUAGGCAUCUUUAUCAGCAGGUGUGGACCUAGUCUUAUAGGCUGCACAGUAUUCCAUAAAAUGGAACGUGAUGUAGUGAACCAGUCCUUUCUUGGUGGACAUGUAGAGUGUUUCCUGUCUGGAUGCAUGUUUUGAUUUUUGUGGUUUUAUCUUUUGUGGUUUUUUGUGGCUCUACGUGGUUCUAUAGGGACCCUCGUUGAGCACAUUUAUCUUUGUGAACUUGUGUGCAUAUAUGUGUAGGAUAAAUCCCUAGAACUGAAGGGCUGGGCCCGACGUGUGCAGUUUUUUUUUUGUUUUGUUUUUUGUUUUUUUUACUUUGUUGGCUGUGGUUUCAACACGUACUUUCUGCGCACCUGCUGAGCCCGGGCAGGGGAUUCUGAAGUGGCCAAGGCCCAGGCCUCGCUCCUAGGAGCUCACCCUCUCAGGAGACAAGCAGGCAAGCAGACGUGAUGAGCAUGCUCUCACCAGUGCAUGCACGGAGUGUCUGUCGGUGGUGGCUCACGGACCUCAGCACUAGCCCUGUGGCCUCUCGAUGGCUCAGAACAGAGCUGAGAAUGAAGCGGAGAGCAUCGGACAGAGGAGCUGGGGAAACGUCAUCCAGGGCAAAGGCUCUAGGAGGUGGCAUUUCUGGAAAUAAUGCAAAGAGAGCUGGACCAUUCAUCCUGGGUCCCCGUCUGGGCAACUCCCCGGUGCCAAGCAUUGUGCAGUGUUUGGCAAGGAAAGACGGCACAGAUGACUUCUAUCAGCUGAAGAUCCUUACCCUUGAGGAGAGGGGGGACCAAGGAAUAGAAAGCCAAGAGGAGAGGCAAGGCAAGAUGCUGUUACACACCGAGUACUCUCUGCUCUCCCUCCUCCACACGCAGGACGGUGUGGUUCACCACCAUGGGCUCUUCCAGGAGUCCGGCUCCCAUGUGAAAGCAGUUGUCUUGGACACACAGAAUGCCUCACUUCUACUAUCUCGGACCUUGGUCAUGGCUGGAACCUCUGGGACUGCCACGGAGGGGGGAUGCCCCAGGGCCCCGGCUCUGCUGCCCGUACCCUGGGCCCAGAGGUCCCUUUGGCAUUACACGCUCAGCCCUGAUCCGAACCCUUUGCAUUGGGAUCGGAGCACGAAGCCUUUUAACGUCAGCCCCUGGUCCAGGCCGCCGCCCCCGCACAUGUGCAGCUCGUUCCAGGCUUUGGCAUUGGACCGCACCUGUGAAAUUGUCGAGGACACAGAAUCCAGCCGAAUGGUUAAGAAGAUGAAGAAGCGCAUCUGCCUUGUCCUCGACUGCCUCUGUGCGCAUGACUUCAGCGACAAGACCGCCGACCUGAUCAACCUGCAGCACUACGUCAUCAAGGAGAAGAGGCUCAGCGAGCGGGAGACCGUGGUCAUCUUUUACGACGUGGUGCGCGUGGUGGAAGCCCUGCACCAGAAAAACAUCGUGCACAGAGACCUGAAGCUUGGGAACAUGGUGCUCAAUAAGAGGACACAUCGGAUAACCAUCACCAACUUCUGCCUCGGGAAGCAUCUCGUGAGCGAGGGGGACCUGCUGAAGGACCAGAGGGGGAGCCCUGCCUACAUCAGCCCAGAUGUGCUCAGCGGCCGGCCGUACCGGGGCAAGCCGAGCGACAUGUGGGCCCUGGGCGUGGUGCUCUUCACCAUGCUUUAUGGCCAGUUCCCCUUCUACGACAGCAUCCCGCAGGAGCUCUUCCGCAAGAUCAAGGCCGCAGAGUACACCAUCCCUGAGGACGGGCGCGUUUCCGAGAACACCGUGUGUCUCAUCCGGAAACUGCUGGUCCUCGAUCCCCAGCAGCGCCUCGCUGCCGCCGACGUCCUGGAGGCUCUCAGUGCCAUCAUUGCAUCCUGGCAGUCCUUGUCAUCGCUGAGCGGGCCUUUGCAAGUGGUUCCUGACAUCGACGACCAGAUGAGCAAUGCAGACAGCUCCCAGGAGGCCAAGGUGACAGAGGAGUGCUCCCAGUACGAGUUCGAGAACUACAUGCGCCAGCAGCUGCUGCUGGCCGAGGAGAAGAGCUCCGGACACGAGGCCCGGAGCUGGGUGCCCAAGCGGCAGUUCGGCAGCGUGCCCCCCGUGCGGCGGCUGGGCCACGACGCGCAGCCCAUGAACCCCCUGGACGCGGCCAUCCUGGCGCAGCGCUACCUGCGCAAGUAGCCCCCUGGCCCUGGGUGCUGGCCCCACCCGCCACCUCUCCCCAGCCCCCAGCCAGCGGCCCGAAGCACCCCCCCCCGCCGUCCCCCCACUGGCUGCGACAAUGGGGACGGGGCAGGGACAGCGCAGGUCACACAUGGGGUCAGCAGAAGUACCACGGAGCUACCUUGGGAAUGAUCGCUUGACUGUUUGGUUUUUUAAUCUGAGAAGCCUAGAUAACUAAUCUGCUUUUAAUCAUGACGUUUUAAUCUACCUCUGGCUCUCUAACCGUGCUGUCUCUGGACUGAGUGAGGGAGGAAGAGGGGCCGCCCGCCCAGGACAGCGCCCCCCCCCCCCAUAAGCUGAACCGCAGCUCGCUGCUGGCUCCCAAAAUGAACGCCCACCCCCCACGGCCCUCCCAGGCCCCCUCCCAGGCUGUGUCCGUCCCUUCCCUUCUGACCCCAGGCCCCUCAGUCCAAGCUUUGGAAAACUUCACCUCAUCGUAAGCAGAAUUCAAAUAUAUUUAUUUUUGUACUGAAACCAACUUCUCUCCCAUCUCUAGGUGGCUCGGCCCGUGGCCACGCCCUGCCCCCACCCCCACCGACCUGGCUGGACAGCAGGGAGCCCACCGCCCACAGAUGGGCCCCCUUCUCACCCCCAGGCUCAAAAGCCCCUUCCUGGCGGCCCCUCCACCUCCAGCCCACCAGUCCCCCCUGUUUCUGGUGAUGGGGAGGCCUUUCUAGACUUGGUUCUCUUUCUCCCAUCUCAGUAGCUUCUCUGAGGUGCUGCACCCUCGCAUUAACCCUGGUUUCUUUCUGCACCCCGCACCGUGGUACUGAGGUGACGUUGACACAGAUGUGAAGGGGGUGCCUGGUGGUCGGGCGGGGAGGGGAGCGCUGGGCCGACCGUGAACAGGUGGGCCCUGCUCGCAUGCCUCGUCUUGCUCCCCGCACCCCUCUGUGUUCACAGGACGGUGGGGGCAUCUCCCCUCCGGUUCUUGCCUCAUAAUGGAUGUCGGGUCUCUCCCAGCAGACCCUGGCCAGGGCCCUUCAUCGGGGCUGUGGGGCUCGUGGGGAGAGCUGUAGGGACUGGCGGGGGGGGGCUCUGCCUGGCUUGAGAACAGCCCUGCUGCCCUUUUUGAGCCGAGAUUUUGAAGUGGAUGCCCGUCUUGCCAGAAACACUGUUCUCACCAGAAUGCCCUUCCCUCCCACCUCUCCCUCACUGGACUUGGCCUUGCCCGGUGCCAAGCAAAGACCCCUCCUCUGGCCUAUCCCCCCAGGCCCUCCUGGAAAGGCUGAGUGUUCCCCUCCAGGCAGCCCUGGGCCUUCAGGCCCUUCCUGUCUGUUCUUGCUCCCCAGUGGGGAGGUGACCGAGGCCUGUGUGACCUUGUUUCCCAGAGUGUGAGCUGCCCCCUCCCCAAAAGCUGACUCACUGUGAGUGACUUGGGCAAGUUCCCAAACCUCCUUGUGCCUCAGUUUCCCCAUCUGGAAAAAAUGGGGCCACCUCUUGCCAGCAGUAGCAGGGCCGCCCAUGCCCCUUCCUCCCCAUGCCCCCAUCCCAGCACUUGGGCGCCUCAUGCCUCUGCCUCAGUGGGUCUCCGGGAGCCCGCCUGAGCCCAGCACUUACUCCCCCUGAGCACCAAGCUCUGCCUGCAUCAGCGGCCAGCCACUGAGAGCCAGGGUGCCGUGCUGCGGGGGCGGGGGAUGUCCUCUUUUCUAUAUUUAUUUCAAAAAGAAGUCUCCCAAGGGAGUAGAAAUGCAGUCUGGCCUAGGGCUCCCAGCCCCUGUGACUGUCCUCCCGGGAGGGUCUCAGCCGAGACCCUCUGGGCCUGCUUGCCACAGGUGGGCUUUCUCCUCCUUUUCAAAGCAAUAUGCUCGGGGGUCUGCAGAGCCUUCUCAGACAGGCGGGGCCCUCCAAGGUCAGCCCCUGCGUCUGAUUACCUUUGUGGCUAAGCAAAUGAGAGGAGGCUGGGCCUGCCCUCCCUGGGUGUCACACACUGAGAGGUCCUGUUGUAAAGAAACAAAACAGAAAAAGUCACAAAAAAGUUUGUAUAAAGACAUAUUUUUGUACUACAUGGGGACUCUUCCUGCAUGUCAGCAAUAAAACUUCCUGACCUGGA